GGAAUUGGAAUGUGAAUUCCAUUCCAUGUGUUGUUCGUUUCACUCAAGAAAGGAAUCGGAAUGGAAUUAAAAUCCCUUGAAAUCCUUCGGUUAGUGCAAAUAAGUGGGAUUUAAAAUACCUCAAAAUUCGGCGGAUUUCAUUAAAGAAAAGCGGGAUUUUACGUAAUUUUACGAAAAUAACCCUAUAGCAAACAUAUCUGAGAUCUGAUUCCCCAUUUGUUCCGAUCGUGCUCUCCACAAACCCUAACCCUCCCCAUUUGUUCCAAUCGUGCUCUCCACAAACCCUAACCCUAGAAAAUGAAGAUCGGAUGAGAAUCGCAGUUUUGGUGCUUCAAGGUCUCAAGUUGAAUCAGAUUCUAUCAUCAAUCUACUGAUCCGGAUGAAUCGAGCGUGUUUCAUAAAGUUGUGUGAGACGCUAAACACUUUUGGAGGAUUAAAACCAAAUAGGAACAUGGACAUUGAUGAACAAGUAGCCAUCUUUCUUCACAUUAUCGCUCAUAAUGUCAAGAAUCGGGUCAUGAGAUGUCGUUUUCAUCGUUCAGGAGACACAAUUAGUAGAUGUGUUACUCGGGUUUGCAAUGCAGUGAUUAGAUUGCAUACACGUUUGCUUAAGAAACCCGAGCCUAUUCCCGAGAAUUCAACUGAACAAAGGUGGAAAUGGUUUAAGAAUUGUUUAGGAGCUCUAGAUGGAACAUACAUAAAGUGCUUAGUGCCCAUUGAAGAUAAGCCAAAAUAUAGAACAAGAAAGGGAGAGAUUGCAACCAAUGUGUUAGGUGUGUGUUCACCGGAUAUGCAAUUUAUAUUUGUAUUACCGGGUUGGGAAGGGUCGGCGGCUGAUGGUAGAGUCCUACGAGAUGCUCUUGAUAGGCCACAUGGAUUGAAAGUUUCAAGGCCGGGUUAUUAUUUGGUAGACGCGGGAUACACAAACGGAGAAGGUUUUCUCGCACCGUAUAGAGGUCAAAGAUAUCACUUAAAUGAUUGGCGUAGUGGGCACCAACCCACCAACCCAAAAGAAUUAUUCAACAUGAAACAUUCGUCUGCAAGAAAUGUUAUAGAAAGAUGUUUUGGUGUAUUGAAGAAAAGAUGGGGAAUUUUGAGAGAUCACUCAUAUUAUCCAAUUGACCAAAAAAAUAAGAUAAUAAUGGCGUGUUGUCUACUUCACAAUUUUAUAAGGAGAGAAAUGCCAAUCGAUCCAUUUGAAGACGAAGGCGAAGGCGAAGGCGAAGGCGAAGGCGAAGGCGAAGGCGAAGGCGAAGGCGAAGCCGAAGGCGAAGGCGAAGGCGAAGGCGAAUAUGAAAUAGAACACGGGGAUGAAGAUAGUAUAACUGAAAUUGAGACUUCAAAUGAGUGGACAAUGUUUAGAAAUAAUCUAGCACAAAGCAUGUUUGAUUCUUGGAGUGCUACUAACUAGUCAGAAAUACUUUACAAACACAUGUAGUAUUAAACGUUGUUUGUUAAGCUGUUUUGAUGGAUGAAUAUAUUAUUAAAUAGUUUUUGGUCAUGCUA